AUGGUGGACCUUUGCAAUUUCGACGAUUUUUGGAAGCAAAAACCAGAUGCCACCGGAAAGCUAGGAUUGCUCUCGGAACAAAAAAUGACAGGUGCGUUACAAAUGCUUGUAUAUGGUGCAUGGGCUGAUCAAUGUGAUGAAGUCACCAGGAUGGGAGCAUCAACAGCUUUGAAAUGCCUUAAGAAAUUUUGUGCACAAGUUGAGUAUUUGUAUGAAGGGUGGUCCAAAGCUUUCUCAGGUCGUAAAGGGUACCCUACUGUUAUUCUUGAAGCUGUGGCAUCCUACGACACACAUGUUUGGCAUGGAUUCUUCAGUAACCCAGGAGCUCAAAACGACCUUAACGUUGCAUCCAACAUGUUCGCAAGGGUUAUUAACGGAAGUGCUCUGGAGGUCGCGUAUAAGGUGAAUGAUAGUACAUACUCUGUACCAUAUUACCUUAUUGAUGGAAUAUACCCGAGGUGA